AUGGUCCGCUUCUACAAAGUUUCCGCCGCGACCCUUAUGACGGCCGCCACCGUCUCCGCCAUUCCCAUCCCAUGCCUUCUUCCCUUCCUCAGCGGCGCUGGUAGCCUCUUCGGAAACUCCGGCUUGGGUGCCAGUCUCGGUCUCGGUGGCAGUGCCAGCGGCAGCGGCAGCGCGGACUUGGGUGCAAGCCUUGGUGGUAGCGGCAGCGGUAGUGGAAGUGCUGGUGCUGAUCUCGGUGCUGACCUCGGCGCCGGUCUGAGUGGCAGCGCCGGUCUGGGUGCCGGUCUGGGUGCCAGUGCCACUGGCGCUGCAGGUGCAGGUGCUUCCGGUGGUGCUGGUCUGGGCGCUGGUCUGGGUGCUGACCUGGGUGCUGACCUGGGUGGCAGCGCCGGCCUUGGUGCUGAUUUGGGAGGAAGUGCUACUGGAUCCGCUGGUGCUGGUGCCUCGGGUGCCGCCGGUCUGGGUGGAUCUGCCGGUCUGGGUGCCAACCUCGGUGGAUCGGCUGGUCUCGGUGCCGGUCUGGGAGGUACUGCCACUGGCGCCGCUGGCGCUGGUGCUUCCGGCGGUGCUGGCCUGGGUGCUGAUCUCGGCGGUUCCGCCGGUCUUGGUGCCUCUGCUGGCCUCGGCGCUGGUCUGGGUGCCAGUGCUACUGGUGCUGCUGGUGCCGGUGCCUCUGGUGGUGCCGGUCUGGGUGCUAACCUUGGUGGAUCGGCCAGCCUGGGUGGAUCUGCUGGUCUGGGUGCUGGGCUUGGAGGAAGUGCUACCGGUGCUGCCGGUGCUGGCGCCUCUGGCGGUGCUGGUCUCGGUGCUGAUGUUGGUGGAUCUGCUGGUCUCGGUGGCUCCGCUGGCCUCGGUGCUGGUCUCGGUGGCAGCGCUACUGGUGCUGCUGGUGCCGGUGCCUCCGGUGCCGCUGGUCUUGGAGGAAGUGCUACCGGCUCUCUCGGUGCUGGCGCUUCUGGCGGUGCCGGCCUUGGUGCCGGUGCUGGUCUGGGAGGAUCUGCCACUGGUGCUCUCGGUGCCGGUGCCUCGGGUGCUGCCGGCCUUGGUGCUGGAGCUGGUCUUGGAGGAAGUGCUACCGGUUCUCUCGGCGCCGGUGCUUCUGGUGGUGCUGGUCUUGGUGCUGGUGCCGGCCUUGGAGGAUCUGCUACCGGCUCUCUCGGUGCUGGUGCCUCCGGCGGUGCUGGUCUCGGUGCCGGUCUUGGAGGAUCUGCCACUGGCUCUCUCGGUGCCGGUGCUUCUGGUGCUGCCGGCCUCGGUGGCUCUGGCUCUGCUGGUCUUGGUGGUUCCGCUGGUCUUGGUGGCAGUGCUACCGGUGCUGCUGGCGCUGGUGCUUCCGGCGCUGCUGGUCUCUCUGGCUCUGGCUCCGGUGACGUUUCGGGCUCCGGUGGUGCCUCCGGCGAUGUUUCUGGCUCGGGUGACGUCUCUGGCUCCGGCUCCGGCUCCGGCGAUGUUUCUGGCAGCGGUGAUGUGAGCGGUUCUGGCUCUGGCUCUGACAGCGGAUCUAGCGGUACUGACGUCGGUGUUUCCCCUACUACUGCGGACGUUCCUAGCGCCACCACGACUUGGGUCAGUGCCUCCACCAGCGUCUCUCUUGGACCUUACGGCGGCGCCAGCGGCAGCAUCACGGCUGAAGGAUCCGAGGGCGGCGACGACGACUCCAGCGACGACUCCGGUGCUGAUGCCGGUGCAGAUGCAGAUGCCAGCGCGGAUGCGGAUGCGAGCGCUGACGCUGAUGCGAGCGCCGAUGCCAGCGCGGAUGCCGAUGCCUCUGCCAGCGGUAGCGGAAAUGCUAAUGCCAACGCUAAUGCUGGGGCCUCCAUUAGUGGCAGCGGUUCGGCCUCUGCUAGCGCUAAUGCGAAGGCUUCGGCAUCUCUGAGCUUCUCUGCUUAA